CGGGACCCCCCAGGGGCACACCCUUGUGUGACGGGUACGGCGCACCCGGGGCCCCGAGCCGGACCUGAGCAUUUUUCCAUUUCUCUCUUGCGACGGUCCUGUUUUGAGUUUCCGACUUUUUAUCAAAUAUUUAUAAUGACCUAGUGAGCGAGUUUUAUUUCAUUUCAUUCAAAAACACUUUAUCAUUUACAGAUCUUCAGAUUUUUGUUUGUGUUUUACUUUUUUGUCAGGUUUCCUGAUCUAUCAUGUUUCACCUAUUUAUUUUAAGUAACCAAUUUUCCCCUAAAGCUUACAGACUAACAACGUUAGCUUUUGCUGACCAGCACAUUUGCCGUGUGCUGCGUCUCGUAAGGUGGAAAACUGGAGCCUGGAGCUACCUGUCUGCUCGCUCAUACGAGUGUGGCGCCCAAGGGGGCAUUUCAAUCUCGGAGUUGGUAGACUGCGUACUCUUUGGCCCGAGCUUCACUGUAGACGAGUGGAAGGAGGUUAGGUCCCCCUCCCUUUCAACCGGCUGGUAGGGCAUGCUUAGCAUCCUGCUAGGGACUAGCGCUGCAUAAGGAGAGUGCCCCUGAACUCUGAUAGUUUUGGCGGAUACACACUACCCUGGUGUAGUACUAUAUCUGACACUACUCUGGGCAGAGCACCUAGGCUGAGGUGUUCAGAGCCGGUGUUUCUACCCCCCUUGUUGGGCUCGGUGGUGGGCGUGAGAGUGUUCAGACGAAAAUUAUCUAUUGCUAUGGUUUCAAAAGGUGUUUCACCCAGUCUCAACCAAUAUCCACCUAGAUUUGAUCUUUCCAAAUGUCCAAACUUUGAUGCUGCAAAAUCUAGAUUCUUAAUACUUAGCUCACCAGAAAAGAAACUCUCCACCAUGUCCCCAUUUAUAGUACAAAAAUUUCUAGAAUCACAAAUAGGAAAUCCGAAAAAUGUGCGUCAAAUGCCAUCUGGAGAUUUACUAGUCGAAACAGUUUCUAAUAAGCAAACUAUGUCCCUUCUGAAAUCAAACAAAAUAGACAAUAUUCCCAUCAUUGUAACUCCUCAUAAUUCUCUAAACAUAUCCAAAGGUGUUAUCACUGUUAAAUCUCUUCAAGAACUUUCUGUUACUGAUAUUGUUCAAGGACUCUCUAAUCAAGAUGUAAUCGAUGCUCGCCAUAUAACUAUUAAAAAAGGCAAUGACAUUAUAACUACUCAACACUUAAUCUUGACAUUUAACUCAGCCACGCUACCUACCGACAUUAAAGUAGGCUAUAUCAAUUGCAAAGUGAGACCAUAUAUACCAAAUCCAUUGCGCUGCUUCAAGUGCCAGAAAUUCGGUCACUCAACCAACAACUGCAGAGGAAAAGAAACAUGUUUGCGUUGCAGUCAACCUAAUCAUACAUUUAAAACCUGUACACUCCCUGAGCAAUACAUAAACUGUAACGAACCACACUCUGCUAAUUCUCGUCAAUGUCUGAAAUGGAAACAAGAAAAACAAAUUCUAAACAUAAAGGUAUUACAAAAUUCAUCCUAUACUGAAGCUAAAGCUAAAUUCCAUAAAACAAUCUAA